GAGGAGGGGCCAGGUCGUAUUGGAGGAAUAUCACUGGUGCAAGAGAGAGAAGGAGAGUGUUGCUGGUGCAAGAAUUUUGGUAACUGCGCUAAAUAAAAAUAAAUUUUAACGGGAAAUUUGUCGGGAAAGUCGCUCUUGUUUCUCCAUAGACUGCAAGUGGUGGCUUGUUCUGGGAUCCGGCAAUGGCGCAGCGUGGGCAGGAGGACCCGGAGCGGUACCUUUUUGUGGACCGGGCUGUGGUGUACAACCCCGCCACACAGGCCGACUGGACGGCCAAGAAGCUGGUGUGGGUGCCGUCGGAGCGGCACGGGUUCGAGGCCGCCAGCAUCCGCGAGGAGCGGGGGGACGAGGUGCUGGUGGAGCUGGCCGAGAACGGCAAGAAGGCGUCCGUCAACAAGGACGACAUCCAGAAGAUGAACCCGCCCAAGUUCAGCAAGGUGGAGGACAUGGCCGAGCUCACCUGCCUGAACGAGGCGUCUGUCCUGCACAACCUGAAGGACCGGUACUACUCUGGCCUUAUCUAUACGUACUCGGGGCUCUUCUGUGUGGUCAUCAACCCCUACAAAAACCUGCCCAUUUACUCCGAGAACAUCAUCGAGAUGUACCGGGGCAAGAAGAGGCACGAAAUGCCCCCCCACAUCUAUGCCAUCUCGGAGACCGCCUACAGGUGCAUGCUGCAAGAUCGUGAGGACCAGUCCAUCCUUUGCACUGGUGAGUCUGGUGCAGGUAAAACGGAGAACACGAAGAAGGUAAUCCAGUACCUGGCUCACGUCGCCUCCUCUCACAAAGGACGGAAAGACCACAACAUUCCACCCGACUCCCCUAAGCCUGUGAAGCCUCAGAGUGGAUCCCUGUCCUAUGGCGAGCUGGAACGGCAGCUCCUUCAGGCCAACCCCAUCCUGGAGUCUUUCGGCAAUGCCAAGACGGUGAAGAACGACAACUCCUCGCGUUUCGGCAAAUUCAUCCGCAUCAACUUCGACGUCACUGGCUACAUUGUGGGGGCCAACAUCGAGACCUAUCUUUUGGAGAAAUCCAGGGCCAUCCGCCAGGCCAAAGAUGAGCGCACCUUCCACAUAUUCUACCAGCUGCUGGCUGGAGCUGGGGAGCACCUGAGGUCCGAUUUGCUCCUGGAGGGAUUCAAUAACUACCGCUUCCUGUCCAAUGGAAACAUUCCUAUCCCUGGCCAGCAGGACAAGGACAACUUCCAGGAAACCAUGGAGGCCAUGCACAUCAUGAGCUUCUCGCAUGACGAGAUCCUAGCCAUGUUGAAGGUGGUGUCCUCAGUGCUGCAGUUUGGGAACAUCGUCUUCAAGAAGGAGAGGAACACAGACCAGGCCUCUAUGCCAGAGAACACAGCUGCCCAGAAGCUGUGUCACCUGUUGGGUAUGAAUGUGAUGGAGUUCACGCGCGCCAUCCUGUCUCCCAGGAUCAAGGUGGGCCGUGACUACGUGCAAAAGGCCCAGACCAAAGAGCAGGCGGACUUUGCGGUGGAGGCUCUGGCGAAGGCCACGUACGAGCGGCUGUUCCGCUGGCUCGUUCACCGGAUCAACAAGGCGCUGGACAGGACCAAGCGCCAGGGCGCCUCCUUCAUCGGCAUCCUCGACAUCGCCGGCUUCGAGAUCUUCGCGCUGAACUCGUUCGAGCAGCUCUGCAUCAACUACACCAACGAGAAGCUGCAGCAGCUCUUCAACCACACCAUGUUCAUCCUGGAGCAGGAGGAGUACCAGCGGGAGGGCAUCGAGUGGAGCUUCAUCGACUUCGGCCUGGACCUGCAGCCCUGCAUCGACCUCAUCGAGAGGCCGACGAACCCUCCUGGUAUCCUGGCCCUGCUGGAUGAGGAGUGCUGGUUCCCCAAGGCCACGGAUAAGUCCUUUGUGGAGAAGGUGGUGCAGGAGCAGGGCACGCACUCCAAGUUCCAGAAACCCAGGCAGCUGAAGGACAAGGCCGACUUCUGCGUCAUCCACUAUGCCGGCCGGGUGGACUACAAGGCUGAUGAGUGGCUAAUGAAGAACAUGGACCCCCUGAAUGACAACGUGGCCACGCUGCUGCACCAGUCCACUGACAAGUUUGUUGCUGAGUUGUGGAAGGAUGUGGACCGCAUUGUGGGCUUGGACCAGGUGGCUGGGAUGAAUGAGACCACAUUCGGGGCUGCCUACAAGACCAAGAAGGGCAUGUUCCGCACCGUGGGACAGCUGUACAAGGAGUCCCUCACCAAGCUCAUGGCCACGCUCCGGAACACCAACCCAAACUUUGUCCGAUGCAUCAUCCCCAACCACGAGAAGAGGGCAGGUAAGCUGGACCCCCACCUGGUCCUGGACCAGCUGAGGUGUAACGGUGUUCUGGAGGGGAUCCGCAUCUGCAGACAGGGCUUCCCCAACCGCAUCAUCUUCCAGGAGUUCAGACAGAGGUAUGAGAUCCUCACCCCUAACGCCAUCCCCAAGGGCUUCAUGGAUGGCAAGCAGGCCUGCGCCAGGAUGAUCCGGGCCCUGGAGCUGGACCCCAACCUGUACCGGAUUGGGCAGAGUAAGAUCUUCUUUCGAGCCGGGGUGCUGGCUCACCUGGAGGAGGAGCGUGACCUCAAGAUCACCGACAUCAUCAUCUACUUCCAGGCGGUCUGCCGAGGGUACCUGGCGCGCAAGGCCUUUGCUAAGAAGCAGCAGCAGCUCAGUGCCCUGAAGGUCCUGCAGAGGAACUGCGCAGCCUACCUGAAACUGCGCCACUGGCAGUGGUGGAGGCUCUUCACCAAGGUGAAGCCGCUGCUGCAGGUGAGCCGGCAGGAGGAGGAGAUGCAGGCGAAGGAUGAGGAGCUGCUGAAGGUGAAGGAGAAGCAGAGCAAGGUGGAGAGCGAGCUGGUGGACAUGGAGCGCAAGCACCAGCAGCUGACGGAGGAGAAGAACAUCCUGGCGGAGCAGCUGCAGGCGGAGACGGAGCUGUUCGCGGAGGCGGAGGAGAUGCGCGCCCGCCUGGCCGCCAAGAAGCAGGAGCUGGAGGAGAUCCUGCACGACCUGGAGUCCCGCGUGGAGGAGGAGGAGGAGCGGAACCAGAGCCUGCAGAACGAGAAGAAGAAGAUGCAGUCUCACGUACAGGACCUGGAGGAGCAGCUGGAUGAGGAGGAGGCCGCCCGGCAGAAGCUCCAGCUGGAGAAGGUGACGGCCGAGUCCAAGAUGAAGAAGUACGAAGAGGACAUCUUGCUGCUAGAGGACCAGAACUCCAAAUUCCUCAAGGAGAAGAAACUGCUGGAGGACAGGAUCAGUGAGAUGACCUCACAGCUUACUGAGGAAGAAGAGAAGGCCAAGAAUCUGGGGAAGGUGAAGAACAAGCAGGAGGUGAUGAUGGUUGACCUGGAAGAGCGGCUGAAGAAGGAGGAGAAGACUCGCCAGGAGCUGGACAAGGCCAAGCGGAAGCUCGAGGGCGAGACCACGGACUUUCAGGACCAGAUCGCCGAGCUGCAGGCCCAGAUCGAGGAGCUCAAGAUACAGCUGGCCAAGAAGGAGGAGGAGCUGCAAGCCCUACAGGCCAGGGGCGACGAGGAGAUCGCGCAGAAGAACAACGCCCUGAAGCAGGUGCGGGAGCUGCAGGCGCAGCUGGCCGAGCUGCAGGAGGACCUGGAGUCGGAGAAGGCCGCGCGCAACAAGGCCGAGAAGCUGAAGAGGGACCUGGGAGAGGAGCUGGAGGCGCUGAAGACCGAGCUGGAGGACACUCUGGACACCACCGCCGCCCAGCAGGAGCUCAGGAGCAAGCGUGAGCAGGAAGUGGCGGAACUGAAGAAGGCCAUCGACGAGGAGACCAAGAACCACGAGUGCCAGAUCCAGGAGAUGCGGCAGAGGCACUCCAGCGCUCUGGAGGAGCUGUCUGAGCAGCUGGAGCAGGCCAAGAGGUUCAAGGCAAACUUGGAGAAGAACAAGCAGACGCAGGAGUGCGCGAAUAAGGAGCUGGCCGGCGAGGUGAAGGGGCUGCAGCAGGCCAAGGCCGAGUCUGAGCACAAGAGGAAGAAGCUGGAGGCCCAGCUGCAGGAGGUCAUGGCUCGGGUCGUCGAGGGCGAGAGGUCAAAGGGCGAGCUGGCCGACCGCACCCACAAGCUGCAGACGGAGUUGGACGGUGUCUCCACGCUGCUGGAAGACGCGGAGAAGAAGGGGAUCAAACUGACCAAAGACGUGACCAGCCUGGACAGCCAGCUGCAGGACACACAGGAGCUGCUGCAGGAGGAGACGCGGCAGAAGCUGAACCUGAGCAGCAGAAUCCGGCAGCUGGAGGAGGAGAAGAACAACCUGCAGGAGCAGCAGGAGGAGGAGGAGGAGGCGCGCAGGAACCUGGAGAAACAGCUGGGCACCCUGCAGGCCCAGUUGGUGGAGACCAAGAAAAAGCUGGAGGAUGACGUGGGCAUGGUGGAGGGAUUGGAGGAGGUGAAGAAGAAGCUGCAGAGGGACCUGGAGAGCAGCGCCCAGCGGCUGGAGGAGAAGAACGCCGCCUACGACAAGCUGGAGAAGACCAAGACCCGCCUGCAGCAGGAGCUGGACGACCUGAUGGUGGACCAGGACCACCUGCGGCAGAUCGUCUCCAACCUGGAGAAGAAGCAGAAGAAGUUCGACCAGAUGCUGGCGGAGGAGAAGUGCGUCUCGGCCCGCUACGCGGAGGAGCGGGACCGGGCGGAGGCGGAGGCGCGGGAGAAGGAGACCAAGGCCCUGUCCAUGACGCGCGCCCUGGACGAGGCCCUGGAGGCCAAGGAGGAGCUGGAGCGCCUCAACAAGCAGCUCCGCGCCGAGAUGGAGGACCUGAUGAGCUCCAAGGACGACGUGGGCAAGAGCGUGCACGAGCUGGAGAAGUCGAAGCGAGGGAUGGAGCAGCAGCUGGAGGAGAUGCGCACGCAGCUGGAGGAGCUGGAGGACGAGCUGCAGGCCACGGAGGACGCCAAGCUGCGGCUGGAGGUCAACAUGCAGGCCAUGAAGGCGCAGUACGAGCGGGACCUGCAGGCCCGCGACGAGCAGAGCGAGGAGAAGAAGAGGUCCCUCGUCAAGCAGGUGCGGGAGAUGGAGGCGGAGCUCGAGGACGAGCGUAAGCAGAGGGCUCUGGCAGUGGCCGCCAAGAAGAAGCUGGAGAUGGACCUGAAAGACCUGGAGGCGCAGAUCGAGGCGGCCAAUAAGGCCCGCGACGAGGCAAUCAAACAGCUGCGCAAGCUGCAGGCGCAGAUGAAGGAUUACCAGCGGGAGCUGGAGGACGCGCGCGCCUCCCGCGACGAGAUCUUCGCCCAGUCCAAGGAGAACGAGAAGAAGCUGAAGAGCCUGGAGGCCGAGGUCCUGCAGCUCCAGGAGGACAUGGCGGCGUCGGAGAGGGCGCGGCGCCACGCGGAGCAGGAGAGGGACGAGCUGGCGGACGAGAUCUCCAACAGCGCUUCCGGAAAGUCCGCCCUAUUGGAUGAGAAGCGCAGGCUGGAGGCGCGGAUCGCCCAGCUGGAGGAGGAGCUGGAGGAGGAGCAGAGCAACAUGGAGCUGCUCAACGACCGCUUCCGCAAGACCACCAUGCAGAUGGACUCCCUGAACACAGAGCUGGCCGGCGAGCGCAGCGCUGCCCAGAAGAGCGAGAACGCCCGGCAGCAGCUGGAGAGACAGAACAAGGACCUGAAGUCCAAGCUGCACGAGCUGGAGAGCUCGGUCAAGUCCAAGUUCAAGGCUGCCAUCACCACUCUGGAGGCCAAGAUCGCCCAGCUGGAGGAGCAGCUGGAGCAGGAAGCCAAGGAGAGAGCUGUGGCCAAUAAGAUUGUGCGGCGCACAGAGAAGAAGCUGAAGGAGGUGUUCAUGCAGGUGGAGGAUGAGCGUCGCCAUGCCGACCAGUACAAGGAGCAGAUGGAGAAGGCCAACUCCAGGAUGAAGCAGCUGAAGAGGCAGCUGGAGGAGGCCGAGGAGGAGGCCACUCGCGCCAACGCCAACCGCCGCAAGCUGCAGCGCGAGCUGGAGGACGCCACCGAGGCCAGCGAGGGCCUGAGCCGGGAGGUCAACACUCUGAAGACCCGCCUCAGGCGUGGAGGCCCAAUCACCUUCUCCUCCAGCCGUUCGGGCCGCCGACAGCUCCAGAUAGAAGGCGCCUCCCUGGACCUCUCCGAUGACGACGCUGACAUCAGCAAGGCCGGCGACGCCAACGACACCCUGGCGCCGCAGCCAGAGUAGAGGCUCCGCCCACAGGCAGCCAUCCAGCCAACCGGCAAGAGACUGUACCUGGCGCACCCCAACCCUCUUCCCCUCUCACCCUCCCUCCCUCCCACACCCCGCCCUGCCCUGCCCUGAAAACUGCCAGCACUGCAGGGAGGCCUGCUGUACCCCUCCCAGCCAGAGGGGGCGCACAACAAUGCUGUACUCCACACUGGUGCAAGCUGCGCAGCUGAGCAGUCAUCUCCUGCGUCUUAAUGUAACUCUUAGCCUUGGAAUAAUGUACUCUCUCUCUCUCUGCUUAAACUAUAGGCAAAAAAGCAUUGUUACAUAUAAACCGUGGGAGAGCAAAGCCUACGCAACACACAUUCUCAGAAUAUAAAGGAACUGCCUUUUAAAAAUAAGAAUUUUUUUCUCUUUCAGAUAAAGUGUAAAGCCAUUUCCUAGGUUUCUAAGCGAGCCACUCAGAAAUGACAAACUUAGGUGCUGGGUUAUUGCAGGAUGGGCUGUUUUUCUACCGUGCAAGCGCUCGUUCAGAACACCCUGAGAACCAAGCAAAACAUUUUGGGGUCCAAAUGAAAACACAGAAUAGCACUUAAAUGGGACUAAAAACUUUUUUCUGACCACGAAAACAUUCCCCAAGACACAGGAAUAGAUUAGAGAGAACAUCAUAUUUUGGUUUUGUACCAAAACAAACUUACUGAUCAAAUUUAGUUCAAAAUGUACAGAUAUAUGACUAUAAGAUUUGGGGUCAAUCCAGUUGUAUGGAGGAGGGAGUGUUCCAGUUUGGUGAUGUUAGGGACAAAGCUAUAAAUUGCACACAACCUUGUGAUGAGAGACUUUAGAUAUGUGGGUAAAAAGGAAAACUGAUGUUCUGGCAUGUAGCAAAAGUAUUACUGUUGAAUACAACUGCCAAUUAAGGCCCUGCCACUCAGCACUUAAAAGCACACUCAGUGGUUGGCAAAAAUGGUAGAAAUCAGGCACAGUGACACAGUUUGUUGUCACAGACAAUAACACACGAAGCACUUCAUUUAAAGGGUUUUUCGGGAGGAUUUUGAGCACUUCCCCUCUCGAUCACACAUCCAACAGUACAAGACUGGCUGGUGAUCCCAAAUCCGGCCCACGGGGUCCAGCCUGAGUUUUGCCCCCGAGAGUGGGGCUUUAUUCACCCGCGUGUCUCAGCAGGGCUAGCGGGUGCUUCUGCCCCAUGCUCCAGAAUCAGUACAACGCCACUAGUCCCGCAGCAUGGGUCCUACACAUCUGCAGGACUGACAUGCCAGAAUCAUAUUCGUGUUCUUCCGUACUAUUAUUUCAUUUUUCUCUCAGUUUUAUUCCCCUCGGUAUUAGCGAAGAUUAAUUAAAUGCUAAACUCUCAUUUAACCUAAAGUUCGAUCAUAUACAAUUAAAACUUUUUUUUUUUUUUUUGAAAAGUGCCUUAGACACUACAUAAGAAAGCAUUACUGGGAGGAUUUAAAAAAAUAAAAAUAUACAAGAGACAUGCAUAUUGAUGCAUAUGCACACAGGUUUUUUUUUUUUUUUUUAGUGCAUAAAUAUCUUCCUUUGUCGUCCAGCCGUUAGUCCCCCACAUCUGGUUCCGCCACCCUGCCGAUCAUCGUGGUAAAAGCGCAGGCCCGUCCUGGCACACGGCCGGGAAGCGUCGUCAUUUAUCAUUUUGGUCGAAAAGCUUUAAUGGCCUCCAGGUCGCUAGGUAACCAAUACCGGGGGAAACUGGCUGUUGACACCCUCCCCUUUCUUUCUUCCCUCCCUCCAUGUAUACCUGUAUUUCUAGAACAACGAUUUUGUAAGACAAUAAACGUAUUCAUUAUAGAAA